AUGGACGUGGGCAAAGUAUUCCCCGAUGAACGGCGGGCAAACAUCAGCUCCAACUCACCGCAAACCGAGCCGGAGGAGAAACCUGCGGCGGGGCAAGAGGAGACCAAGAUCAGCGCCGCCGCCGCCGCCGCCGGAGAGGUGGAGAAACCACCCUACUCCUACGUGGCUCUCAUCGCGAUGGCCAUUCAGGAGAGCUGUGGCAAAAGGCAAACUCUGAGCGGCAUAUACGACUACAUCUCCGCCAAGUUCCCUUACUACGAGAGGAACAAGAAGGGCUGGCAGAACAGCAUCCGACACAACCUCAGCCUCAAUGAGUGCUUCGUCAAAGUGCCCCGGGAGAGUGGAGGGGACCGAAAGGGCAACUACUGGGUGCUGGACCCCGCGUUCGAGGACAUGUUCGAGAAGGGCAACUACAGGAGGCGCCGGAGAGUGAGGAGACCCUACAGACCCCCGGGUGUGCCCUAUCUAUCCGGGAACCCCGUGGAUUACCAAGAGCCAUUGUAUGUGAAGGAAAAGUGUCUCUUCGUGCAACCUGCGCCCUGGACUCGGUGCCAGUCGAGUUCACCGCAGACGCACGCUUACGCAGUUCCGCAAGUCCUCAGUGGACAUGCACGAUCCGUCUCCCCGAGUGGACUUGUUAUCAAUAACAACAACAGCAAAAGUACUAUUGGUUCGUCUAGUUUCUACUACCCUGCCCACCACUUCCACACCACCUACGGAGCCUACCACCACCACCCGUCCGUGCUGGUGCCCCACGGCGGCUAUCCGCACGGCGGAGGUGUCACCCCGCCCAUCAGCCCCAACGGCGGCGCCGUCUCUUACUCCCAAUUCUCAAAGCAAUCAGAGAUGCCCGUCGCCCACUCGUGCAUGAUAGGAGACACCAGCUGUCAGCCAGGUUCGCAGACUGGCUCUUGA